AUGGAUUUGACUGAUGAACUGGAACAGAGCGAUAGCGGUAUGGAGUCUUUGACAGCUAGCAAAGAUGAUACUCCAGAGCGUAGACCUGAGGAUUAUUUCAUAACCCCUUCACUCCCUUCAUUAGGAUCAUCACCGAGCGCCGGGACUCCUCUUGGGCCCCUUAAAGAAUAUGAUGAUGAACCUGAUGAGACUUUGUCAGAGAGGUUAUGGGGGCUGACUGAAAUGUUCCCUGAAUGUGUUCGAAGCUGCACUUAUUCGGUUACUUCAAAUACAUGGUCCGGUGUCAAAUCUCUGUAUGGACUAUCACGCUCUGUGAUGUGGGUGGUAGCGAGUUCCUCUGUGAUCCUGUUUGCUCCAGUCAUAUUUGAAGUAGAGAGGGCUCAAAUGGCUGAAAUGGAAAAGAGUCAACAGAAACAGGUGUUGCUAGGAACCAAUACAGCACUAUCGGGUCCAACGCCUGCCCUGCCACCAAUGCCACGAUAA